AUGGCCGCUAACGACGAGGACCUAGCGUCGUCGUCCUUGGUGCCAGCUCCUGACGAUGAAUACAGCGAUUGUGACCUCUUGAAGGUGGAGGUGGAGGACGAGUAUGAGAAGGAGAAAGCGAUUGCCAACAACGAGACGAUCGCUCAUACCGUCCAUGAGGCGGAACUCAUCAGCGAAGUUGAGGGAACAGUGGAGGCCAUCAUCAGUGAUAAGGCCAUCGCACACCUCUUGACAGAGGAGGUGGAGAUGAGCGGCGACUCUGACACCGACGACGGCGAGGAGGAGAAGGAUGAGGAGAUGGGUGAUGACUCUAACACCGACAAGGAGGAGGAGGAGGAGAUGGGCGGCGACUCUAAUAUGAUCGAUGAUGACGAGGAGAAGGAGGACGAGGAGAUGGACGAAUCAUAG